CUGUUGUUCCUCCUCCUGCUGACUUCUCAUGGUCAAUGGCAAAGCCCAGUGGUCCGUCCAAAAGACAGAAGAGGACACAGCCGGCUAAUAAGGAUGAGCCGAAGAACUACUCAUAUGCAGAUGGUUUUGAUGAGGAUGCUUUAGCGUGUGAGAUUAAACGUGUGGUCAGUGUACACCCCACGCUCUCAGUUUCAGAGUUGCACAAGUGGUGGAAAGACAAACAUGGCUUUGGGCUUGAUGGAUUUGAUCAAGUUGAUGAUGCUCAAGGGCUGAUGCAGGAAGCGAAAGAUAAAGCUAUCAAAAGACUCUUCGGAGAUUGGGAUGAGAGUUUCAGAUUCAUACCCAAGUUAAUGUCUGCGCUUCACUCUUCUAACGGGCUGCUCGUUGACUGGCAGUAUGAUGACUCUUUGCCUAAUCCUGAACAUGCAUCCUUUCGCAGCGUGUUUUGGGCGUUUUCACAGUCUGUCCAAGGGUUUCAGCACUGCAGACCUCUGGUUGUUUUGGACACCAAGCACUUGAAGGGUAAGUACAAUAUGAAACUGAUGAUAGCCUCAGGGUUUGAUGCAGCCAACAGUUUUUUCCCACUUGCCUUUGCGGUUACUAAAGAAGUAUCCACUGAUACUUGGCGCUGGUUUCUCACUAGAAUCAGAGAGAAGGUAACACCAAGGAAGGGCCUUUGCCUCAUCUUAAGGCACCACCCGGACAUACUCGCUGUUGUUAAUGAACCGGGGUCUCAGUGGAAAGAGCCCUGGGCUUAUCACAGGUUCUGUUUGACUCAUCUGUGCUACCAAUUCUCUCGCCUCUUCCCAGACCACCACCACCAUCACCACACGGAGUAUCUUGUGAUGAAGGCUGGGUUGUCGAGUCAGAAGGCAGAAUUUGAUUCCUACAUGAAGGACAUCGAAGAGAAGAGUCCAGAAGGGUGGAAAUGGCUUAACCAAAUCCCUCCGCAUCAGUGGACUCUAGCUCAUGACGGUGGUCUCAGAUACGGAAUCAUGGAGAUAGGUACAGAAGCUCUGUUUGCAGUUUAUAGAAGCUCUCCGAGAAUUACAAUGACAGGGGGUGUGAUGCUUCUGUUAGAUGAGCUGAGAGACGCUUUCCACGUGUCUUUUAAGUGUAGCCGUCGUUCUCUUAACCGCGGUGGUGUCUACACAGAGUUUGUUAUGGACAAACUUCGAAAGUCCGUGAAAGAUUCCGCUUCAUACGUUAUAACGCCGUUAGAAGGAGAUUCGUUUCAGGUCUCAAAGAAAAAGGGACGCGCUCUUAUGGGGAAAUAUGAAGAAGAGAAGGAAUGCAUUGUUCAGUUGAAUGACUCAACCUGCACGUGCGGGAAGUUCCAGAGGAAGAAGUUUCCAUGUCUGCACGCUUUAGCGGUCUGCAAGAAGAUGAAAAUCGACCAUUUUCAGUAUGUAGACGACUGUUACUCCGCUGAAAGCUAUUACAAAACUUAUGAGGCUACAUUUUCUCCUGUUCCGGAGAUGUCAGCUUGGCCGGAAGCUUCCGAAGUUCCAACAAUGUUUCCUCCUGUCACUGCACCACCUCCACUUAAAGUAUCAGGCAAAAGCAAAGAGCCUCCAAGCAAUGAAGAGUUGAGAAAUGCAAUACUUGAUAUCUUGAAAGUGAUGGACUUUAAAAUGGCUUCGUUUACUGACAUCAUUAAGCAACUUGCUGUCAAGUUUCGAUACAAUCUUACCGCUCGAAAGUCAUCCAUAGAAGUAAUGAUCCAGUAUGAGCUCGAGAAGUAUGCAGCUGAUUCCGAAGAGGAGGAUGACGAAGAGGAUGAAGAUGAAGAAGAAGAUGAAGAAGGGUUGUGGUAGGAGGGAGCAUUAACAUUAGCUCGUUAGGAUUCAUUUCAUGCCCUUUUUUAAAACAAUCUUUUGAAUUCUUGCGUAUGCUUUCUAGUAACUGGUCAAAUAGGUCUUAUGUCAAACUGAACCAGGCUUAGAAUCAAACCAGUGGGACUAUUUUGCUGUGAUGGUUAUACUGAGUUGACUGCCCUA